CGCCCAGCAGCCCUAAGGAUGGGAUUUUAGCUUGGCCCGGGCUUGGCUAGGGCAUCUGUGGCCGCCCUUACUAACUCACUGCGGAGGAUUAUUUGGAACAGUCUGUCUAUUACUUUGCACUAUCACGGUGAGACUGUGUUGAGUAAACUAGAAAUUAAAAUGGAGAAGCCCACAUUGGAAAAUGUUCGGUUAGAAGACAUACUCCAUUUUCUUGAGAGAGAAGGAAUGGAUUCCCUUGCUACUGCUGAAGAUCAGCUUUGUCAUGUCUGGCGUUUAUUCCAACAUAGCGAGGAUAGGCUGAGAAUUGCUUCUAGAGACUUGGAAGAGCUCAGAGUAAAGCACACGGAAGAAAUGAAAGAAGUGGAAAAUUAUGUGAAUCAUGUCCGUCAAUUAACAGAAGAAAGAGAAGCCUUAACUCAUGAUUUUGAAAAAGAGAGUGAGAGACUUCAACUUGAAUGUAAGGAACUGCAGCUCCAACAGGAGAUAGAGCUAAAGGAGAUUGAAGAAAUGUUGGAUCAGGAGGGCUUAUCAGAAAUAGCUCAGAGCAGUCCCAGUGAACAGAUUGCAUAUUUAUUGGUAGAGAGAACAACUCUGUUGGAGAAGCUGGAACUGGCUGAGCCCAAGUUAAAUUCAUACAACUCUGUGGGUUGUAUGAACCUUCAGGAAGUUCAUCUUAAGGAUGGAUUUGAGCAAAUCCAGACAUUAGAAGAUGAACUUCAGAAACAACAGGAAUCUUUGCAUUGGCAGAAAGAAACUCUGAAUAAGCCUCCUAAUGAAGAACUGGAGAAAGAGAAAAGAGUACAAGGGAACUUCGAGAAGAAAAUGGAGGAAGAAGCAGCUAGGAGGUUACAGGAUGUACACGAAGAGAUCUCUAGACUCACCGAAAAAUUAGAUACAAAGGAAAAAGAACACAACAAACUCGAACUUGCCUUGGAAUCAGCCCAACUAGAAAUUGAGGAGCUAAAAGAAAAUUUGAAUACACUUAAAGAAAAUGAGUCAGUUGAUCUGCAGGAAGCAAAGCAACACAAUCGUAGAGUGGACAGAGGGAUUCUGGCAUUAAGAAGUUACAUCCAAUCACAUGACUCCGAAAGAAAAAUGUGUGUGGAACUGGAUAAAAAGAAAGAAAUAGUGGCCGAAGACAACUGCGAAGCAGAAAAAAAUGAAAAAAGUGAUGAGACAUUCCAUAAGAGAUGUAAAGAAAUGAUUGAGGAGCAAAAGUGGAAGCAUGCAGACCUUCUUCACAAGUUCCAGAAGCUUGAGCAUGAACAUGAACAUUUAGUGGAACGGAAUGAAGAAUUAGAACUUCUUUUGGGAGAGACUCAAAAUCAAACCAAGGAGGAGAGAAAACAUUUUGAAUAUCAUAUUGAAAAACUUCAAAGGAAAAUCUCCAGCUUAGAGACUGAGUUAUCCAAAAUACAAGAAGGCAAAAGAGAAACCGUUAUGAAAAGUCAAGAACCUGUUACAAAAGCUGAAGACUUCCAAGAGAUACUGAUAAUGAACCAAGAAGAAAUCGAAGUACUUGAAAGUAAGUUAUCAGAAGAAAAGGCAUGGAGAAAACAAUUGGCAUCUGACCUUAAAAAGGCACAAAAAGUUUUGCAGGCUGAAAGUCAGAGUUCGCAAGAGAAAAGAUUAAGAUACCAACAGCAAGAUGAAGAGCUGCAGAAGCUUCGACAAAAUUUGCAAAGAGUUCAGACUCUGUGCAGCUCAGCUGAAAGAGAGCUUCAGUUUGAACGGACGAAAAGCUUUGAUUUAAAGCAGCAAAAUAAUUUACUUCAGGAAGAGAACGUUAAAAUCAAAGCUGAAUUGAAGCAGGCCCAGAAGAAACUACUAGAUAGCACAAAUAUGUGUUCUUCUGUCACAGCAAACUGGGAAGGCAGUCAACAGAAAGUAAGAGAGCUUGAACAAGAAAUACUUAAACAAUCCAAGAAUAUUCAGUCACAGAACAAUUUGUAUGAAAAGCUUGCUCAAGAGAAAACCAGAGUGGUUUAUGCAGAGAAAAAGGUCUUGGAUCUCCAGAAGAAAUUAGAAGCUGCAAAUGAGUCUUGUACAGAAGCUUGCAUUUCAGAUAAAAAGCAGCUUGAAGAAGCAGUAAAAGAAGCAAGAAAAAAUGAGGCCAAACUAAAAAUGCAAUAUCAGGAAGAACAACAGAAGAGGCAACUACUCAAUCAAAGUGUAGAUGAACUACAACAACACAUACAAUACUUACAUGCUAAAGAGGCUCUAAUGGAACAGUCUAGUUGUAAGCAACAAGUUAAGAUUCAACAACAAGAGGUCCAACUUCAAAUGUUAGAAGAUGAAAAGAAAAUAUCUGAUGAGCAAGUUAAGAACAACCAGGAACUGUCAGAGAAGCUGUCUGUGUUACAACAAGAGAAGGACUCUUUAAGAGAAGAAUAUAGGCAAUUUUUGAAACAGCUCGAUGUCCAUAUGAGAAAUUAUAAUGAGAAACACAAUCACCAUAAAGCCAAGCUUCGUAAAGCCAAGGAACGUUUAACAAAUGAAGUGGAACAACGUGAUGGAAGAAUUAAACAACUCGAAAAUGAAGUUGAGGGGAUGCAGAGACUAAUGGAAAAGGAGAAGGCAUUCCAGGACCAAGUUACCACGCAAAAUGAGAAUCUGCUCCUUGAGAAGAGGCAACUUUUAGAGAAACUAACAGAACAAGAUGAAACUAUACAAGGCAACAAAUGGAUGAUCUCUUCAGUCCAGAAUAGAGUGCUUUUCCUGGAUGAAGAAAACAAGCUAUUGCAGGAAAAUAGCCUUCGGCUUACUCAGCAGGUUGGCCUCCUAGAGCGAAUUCUCAGGAGUAUACAGAUUCGAAGAGGGGAGGAGACUACAAUAAGUGAGCUGUCUGAGAAUGAGCUAUUGAAUAGGAAACUGACUUUUCCAAACUCAAGUUUUUCAACAACAGGUAUGGCAAAGUCAGAUGAAAAUCUUAAAGUGAAUGAAGAACAGAAGUCAGAAGAACGAGUUGGAAGCCCCAAGUCCUCUCUGUCUUUUUCACAUUCACAAACUCCUGAUGUGGGCAGCUUAAAUGUGGUUUCUCUAGUAGGCAAACUCAGCAGCCAUGACCAAGACCAGAGUCAGAAGGAUGGACUUAAUGACAUCUAAUAAGGGCACAGAGAAAACCUCGAGGCAGAAACCUGGAAGAAAAGGAGAAGGAAGAGCAGGAGGAAGAGGAACAGAAGGAACAGAAGAGUCGGCGGCACCUUGGGACACCAACCAGAAUUGCUAGGUUGCUCAUGAAGUCA